AUGGUUCGUCCCCUUGAUUUGAUAAUAAUCUAUCGAUUUUUCAUUUUCAGCAGUUCAUGGAAAGGUAGUUGCAAGGAAUUGACGUGGAAUGUUAUUUGA